AUGUCACACAGUCACGGAGGGCAUAACUGCAGUGAUGAACAUGACCAUGAUCAUGAUGGUCCUGAUAGAGGAGAGGAAGUCACUCUUAUAUCUCAGAUUGACCUGGACAAUGUCCGUUGUCUGAAUGAAGCCAUUUCAGGGUCGGUAAAGAAAGUGUUUCGUCCAUGGGACAAGCGGUUUGAUGAAGGACAGUUUGUCGAGAGCGAUGCAGACGAGCAGUUGAUUAUAUUCAUUCCAUUUGUUAGUUCUGUCAAACUCAAGUCCAUUGCAUUGCUGGGAAACAACGAUGCCAGUGCUCCAUCAUGCAUGAAAGUAUUCAUCAAUAGAGAAGAUAUCGAUUUUGGAUCGGUUGAAUCUACUGGCUGUCAGCAGGAAUGGGAACUAGUUGAAACGAUCCCAAGGGGUGUGAUUCCAGAAUAUCCAACUCGUAUGACCAAGUUUGCCAAUGUCCGUAAUCUAACCUUGUUUAUUCCAAGCAAUUUUGGCAGCGAGUCCACCAAAAUCAACUAUAUUGGACUCAAGGGCGAGUGGACAGCCAUUACCAAGGCUCCGAUCAUUACUAUUUACGAGUUGGCUGCCAAUCCUGCAGAUCACAAGACAGAGGCUGAUAGUUUGAAGGGAUUCGGCACAAUCCAGUGA